CAAAGAUGCAUUUGACUAUCCGCCAUCUUGUUUCCAAACGGAUAUGUUUGAUCUUCAGAUUGAAUAUAAAAGUGAAGAUUGCCUUUUCUUGCAUAUUAACGUUCCCGCCGAAAUCAAACCAGAUGAAAGAUUAGCCGUGUUGAUCUACAUCCAUGGCGGUGCUUUUAUGGCAGGUACCAGUACGGAUAUAUAUUCUGGCCCGGAUCCUCUCAUCGAACAAAAUAUCAUUUAUGCUACCAUAAGUUAUCGAUUGGGAAUGUUCGGAUUUUUGAACCUCGAUUCACCGGAAUAUUCGGGGAAUAUGGGCUUGAAAGAUCAACAGUUAGCGCUCAAAUGGAUUUAUGAUAAUAUUGAAUACUUUUCGGGUGACAACAAACGGAUUACAAUUGUUGGUAAUAGUGCUGGUUCAGUUUCGGUGCAGUUACACAUGCUAUCAGAAGAAUCACGAAAAUAUUUCCGGAAUGGGAUUCUUUCCAGUGGAGUGAUUGAUAAUUAUUGGUCCUUUUCGAAGCAUUCAAAUCAUUUGCACUUGGCAUACGAAAUGGCAAAACAAUUGGACCAGCCACGAGAUUCGUUUGACGAUUUAGUUGAUUUUCUGGAAGAAGUUCCAGCAAAUGAAAUAUCUGCAUAUGCAUUAUCUCGUCGUGGAUUACUAGAAAAGCGUACACUAAUGCUUGAUUUUACGCCAACUAUUGAAAGAGAAGAUGCAAUUCAACCUUUCAUGAUCGAAUCAGUCGAUAAACUCUAUGACAAACCCGAUAUAAAAGUCGAUGCCAUGUUUGGAGUCUGUUCGUUGGAGUUUUUAUUCUUUUAUGAUAACGAAGGAAGGACAAAUCUCAAAGAUUUUGACGAAAAUUUCAACAUAGAUUUGCCAUUUAAGGGAUUUAAUUUGUCAUUUGACUCCAAGGAAUAUCAAAAAUUGGCAAAGCAAAUUCGUCAGUUUUAUUUUGGUGAAUCGCCUAUUGAUGAGACAACUUUAGUUCAAUACCUUAAUCUUUUCUCGGAUAUCAACUUUACUUACGCAAUAGACAAAGCGGCAAAGAGACACGCAAACAAAACAUCGUCCAAAGUAUAUUAUUAUCGGUUCGCUGCUGACACAACAUUGAGUCUGACCAAAACACGGGCAAAAGGUGAUGCCAAAAAGAUUCCAGCAGCCACCCAUGCAGAAGAUUCAUUCCAUUUUGCAAGUGUGAGACCUGCCAAAGUGCUUUACGGAAUACUUCGAGAGACUCCAAAUGAUAAACAAACACAAAUUACCAUUAAAACUAUUGAAAAUAUUUGUAAAUUGUUUUCCAAUUUUGUGAAGUGGGGGAACCCAACUCACAAUGAUGAUCCGAUUGCUGGAUUUCUUCCCAUUCAAGGGGAUACAAUCAAUUACAUUAAUAUAUCGAACGACGGACUGAAACUAGGUGUGAGUCCAAAUGCAAAAACCAACGAAUUCUGGGCAAACAUUGAUCGGCUAGUCAAACAAAGUAGUUGAA